AUGGCCUCCACCCCUUCCGUCGUCGACGACAGGGCCGUGAACAAGCGUUACGAGGGCCUUCUCACAAUGCGCUCCCGAGCCAUAAAGGGCAAAGGUGCUUGGUACUGGCCUCACUUCGAACCCAUUCUCGUUCCCAACCCUGAUUCCGCCCAAGCCAAGUCGGUGAAGCUCAAGUGUUCCCUCUGCGGUUCUAUUUUCUCCGCGUCGAACCCUUCACGAACCGCUUCCGAGCACCUUAAGAGAGGGACUUGCACAAAUUUCAACCACAACCAUUCUUCUUCUUCGCCGUCGCCGACGCCGAUUUCCUUUGUGCCGGUGGCCGUGGCUGUGGUUUCGGAUUCGAAGAGGAAGAGAAGGUCUUAUAAUCAAAAUCACUCAUUGGCAAUGGUUGAGCAACUGGGUUACUCUCAGGUGAAUCAACAACAACAGCAUUUGGUGUUGUCUGGUGGGAAGGAAGAUUUGUGUGCUUUGGCUGUUUUUGAAGACUGUGUGAAGAAGCUUAAGAGUCCCAAGAAUUCUUCAUCAAAUCCUGCUUUGACUAAGGAACAGGUUGACUCUGCUGUUGAACUUCUAGCAGAUUGGUUCUAUGAGUCAUGUGGAUCUGUGCCUCUCUCCACCCUUGAACACCCCAAGUUUCAAGCCUUUCUUACCCAACUUGGUUUGCCAGCAACAACCUUGAGACGUGAGAUAUCAUGUUGUUCUAGACUUGAGGAUAGGUUCCGUGUGGCCAAGGCUGAGUCAGAAGCUAGAAUAAGAGAUUCACUGUUUUUCCAACUGGGGUGUGAUGGUUGGAAGAACAAGGAGUGGUGUUGUGGACGAGGAGAUGGUUUGGUGAAGUUCUCAGUGAAUCUUCCAAAUGGGACUUGUGUGUUCCAAAAGGCUGUGUUUACUGGUGGGGGAGUGCUUUCAUCCAAGUAUGCAGAGGAGAUUUUGUGGGAGAUGGUGACUGCAGUUACUGGGAGUGUUGUGCAGAGAUGUGUGGGGAUUGUUGCAGACAAGUUUAAGGCCAAAGCAUUGAGGAACUUGGAGGUGCAGAACCAUUGGAUGGUGAAUAUUUCUUGUCAGCUUCAGGGUUUCGUUAGUUUGAUCAAGGAUUUUAGCAACGGCCUCCCACUUUUCAGGGUUGUGACUGAGAAUUGUCUCAAGGUUGCAAAUUUUAUAAAUAAUGAAUCUCCGGUUAGGAAUAGUUUUCUCAGGUACCGGAUGCAGGAGCUUGAGUGUGCUGGGUUGGUUCGAGUUCCCUCACCAAAAUGUGAUGUGGUGAAGAACUUUGCAUCUGUUUUUCCAAUGAUGGAAGACAUCCUGAGCUGUGCUGGAGUAAUCCAAAUGGUCAUGUUGGAGGACACAUUUAAGAUGGCGUGCAUGGAGGAUCCACUAGCCAGAGAAGUUGCUGGAAUCAUACAGAAUGAGGGAUUUUGGAAUGAACUGGAGGCAGUUUAUUCACUGGUAAAGCUUAUCAGAGGAGUGGUUCAGGACAUUGAGGCUGAGAGGCCAUUGAUUGGUCGAUGCCUGCCACUUUGGCAGGAGCUGAGAACCAAAGUGAAGGAGUGGUGUGCCAAGUACAAUAUUGUGGAAGAACCCGUGGAGAAAAUACUUGAGAAACGAUUCAGAAAAAACUAUCAUCCUGCAUGGUCAGCUGCAUUUAUACUUGAUCCACUUUACUUGAUUAAAGACACAAGUGGGAAGUACCUUCCUCCAUUCAAGUGCUUAACUGGUGAACAAGCAAAAGAUGUAGAUAAGUUAUUGACGAGGCUAUCUUCCCGAGAAGAAGCUCAUGUUGUGUUGAUGGAGCUCAUGAAAUGGAGGUCAGAAGGGCUUGAUCCACUUUAUGCACAGGCCGUACAGAUGAAACAACGAGACCCGGUUACAAGGAAGAUGAAAGUUGCAAAUCCACUGAGCAGUAGACUUGUCUGGGAAACUUGCCUAAGUGAAUUUAAAUCCCUGGGGAAGAUUGCGGUGAGGCUUAUUUUUCUGCCUGCAACCUCAUGUGGAUUUAAGAGUAGUUGCUCUUUCAUGAGGAUGAUUUAUGCACAUAAAUGCUCAAGAAAUUCCUUGGAAAGAGCUCAGAAAAUGGUGUAUAUUGCAAAUCAUGCCAAGCUUGAAAGACUAGACUUUUCAAAUGAGGAAGAAAAGGACGCACAACUGAUUGGUGACAUGGCAGGUAGUGAUGAUGGCAUGCUGGCUGAGGUCUUUGCUGAUACACCCCUAGUAGUUGGAAAUGCUUGAAGCAGUAGGGUGGGUGGUAAACCAGAAUUGGUCAUGACGUGGGUCAACCUCGGAAGAACAUGAGAAAGAAUCUUUGUUGCCGAAGAAGCACUUCUUAUAAAUAAUCUGGCAUAUCUACUGAUGUGUUUGUUUCUGAGAAAUGGUUAGACCCAUCUGGGGGAAGUGGCUGUCCAUGUCACUGCUUUGGUUGUCAUGGUCAAAGAAAAGUGAGGUUUGCCGAAUUAAUCGUUUGCUUGCCAUGAUUGCUAAAAAGUCUUGGGGAAAGUUGAAGCAUGGAGUGUAGGGAAAGAUAAACAAAGG